AUGCUCGCUGGUAACCCAAUUCUUCGCAAUACCACUGGCGAGUCCCGCGGUAUCUGCCAUCGCUGCAUUUACAAGGACUCACAGCCCUUUGGUGGCGCUCCGUGUACAGGAGAAGAUACAACAUUCCUCCCCAACCGCAUGUGCGAAGGUGGCAUUCGUACCCAAGUCACCUUCCCUACAUGCUGGGACGGCGUCAACCUCGACUCGCCAGAUCACCAGAGCCACGUCGCAUAUGCAGAGAUCCCGUAUGAGCCAUACUUCCCGCCCAUGGCUACAUUUCCGUAUUCACCCGAGCAGCAGAGGGGCAAGUGUCCAGAGGGCUAUCCCGUGCAGCUUCCGCAAAUCAUGUAUGAGGUCAUGUUCGACACGACCCCAUUCAAUACUCCUGAGCUGUGGGGCGAGGAGGGGACACAGCCAUUUGUGUUCAGUAUGGGCGAUGCGUGA